ACUCGUGUUUGUGUUGAGGCUGUCAAAGCUGAAAGAAGAGAAGGAAGAGUCUGGAUCAUUCAGCAAAGUAAACCGAUUUCACCACAUACCUGCAAAUCUGUCGCUGAAAGAAAGUGACCUAUUACAUACGGACCGUUUCACCUGCUGGCCCGUGUGCUCGACUUUAGCGACGUUUCUUUAGUUAGCUUUAAAAUAGGCUGCACAUCUGAUCUCCCCUCCAUGGCUGCUGUUGAUAGCUUCCACCUCCUGUACAGAGAAAUCGCCAGAUCCUGCAACUGUUAUGUAGAAACUCUAGCAUUGGUGGGAGCUUGUUACACAGCGAGUAAAGCUGUUGUUCUCAUGCGGGACUGUUACAGCCUGAUAAGGCUCCACUUCAUCCCCCGGCUCGUGUACCCCAGAGAUCUAGUCCACCAGUAUGGAAAAUGGGCUGUCAUUAGUGGUGCAUCAGAGGCCAUAGCUAAAGCAUAUGCUGAGGAGCUGGCCAGACAUGGUGUGAGCAUCAUCCUAAUCAGCUCUGAUGUCAGGAGUAUAAGUGAUACUGCCAGGUCUGUUUCAGAGACCCACGGAGUGGAGACUAUUUUAAUCGAGGCAGAUUUCGGUUGGGGUCCCAUGGCCUGUAAACCCAUUAAAGAUGCUGUUGGAGACAAGGACAUAGGCUUUGUCAUAAACUGUCUGGAUUCGUCCCUGGAAGUCUCUCCAGAUUUUGCUGACUUGUCCGAGAGCAAAAUGUGGAACAUCAUAAACAACAGCAUUGCUGCAGCCACUCUGGUGACCCGUCUGGCUCUGCCCGGCAUGGCGGAGAGACAAAGAGGGGCUGUGGUUAAUAUUUCUUCUGGAGGAUGUUCCAGACCCACUCCAAGGAAGGCCGCCCUCUCCGCAUGCACGGCUUUCCUUGACCACUUCAGCCGUGCCCUGCACUACGAGUAUGGUCCUCAGGGGGUCUUUGUGCAGAGUUUGGUUCCCUACAGAGUUGCUUCUCAAGAAGAUGAGGACAGUGCUGGUGUGAGCUGGUUGGUUCCUCAGCCACAGGUGUAUGCCAGGCACGCUCUGUCCACUCUGGGUAUCUCCCAUAGAACUACAGGAUACUGGCCUCAUACAAUGCAGUUUCGACUCAUGCAGUGCAUGCCGGAGUGGAUAUGGGUGCUGGGGUCUCGAGUGUUGUGCAGGGUGGCCUAAACGAAUCGAGAAGCAUUUACAGACUGGAUUCAGUGACAUGCAAGAUGGUUGUAAGCCUUGGCAAAUGCCCACUGAUGUGAGGUGAACUACAUUCAAAAUAAAUAUCAUGACGCAGUACUUUAUGGAGUGCAGAUAGAGUCAUAGGCAAAAGUUUGAACACCCUAGUCAAAUUACAUGGUUUGUUAAUUCUCUAAAUGAGAACAAAUGAACAUGUGUAACUUUGCACAGGCCAAAUUUUAUGUUCAAAUAAUCAAAUCAGCCAAUAAACAGUAAUUCUGCAGUACAAUGGGUAGAAAUGUGUUCUAUAUAGAGAAUGUGUUAACUUAUUUUUACUUAGAAAAUCAGAAAAAUGUGUAAUUUGACCAGGAUGCCCAAACUUUUGCUUAUAGUAAGUGAUCACUUCAUCUUGUCUUUGUAAAAUGAGGCUGCACUACUUCAGUUUCUUCAGAAUUCUCACAGUAGUGUUCAUGAACACAUACAGUUAACUGAUCAAUUAUUGUUGGACCAUUAUGGUGUUUUAUGGCACUUUCUUGACUUAUUGAACAGAGAAAUACAGUUGUGUUGUAAACAACUGACUAAUACAUCAGUACUCAUGGUGUAGUGAAUGUACUGUUUGUACUGUGGUGCUUUUUUCCUGCUCUGGUGAUGUGUGUAUAGUGGUUGAUUAUUCCAACAUUAUUUUGCCAUUCUAAACAAUAAAUUCUCCUUGUAUUACCUA